UCUGUUCACUCGUGUCACAUUUUCUAACUUCAAAACUCAUCAUCAUGUCUGGUCGCGGUAAAGGAGGCAAAGUAAAGGGAAAGUCAAAGACCCGUUCAAGCCGUGCUGGACUCCAGUUCCCAGUCGGUCGUAUCCAUCGUAUGUUGCGUAAAGGAAACUACGCAGAACGUGUUGGUGCUGGUGCUCCAGUCUACCUCGCAGCUGUCAUGGAAUAUCUGGCCGCUGAAGUUCUCGAGUUGGCAGGCAACGCUGCUCGUGACAACAAGAAGACUCGUAUUAUCCCACGUCAUCUUCAAUUGGCCAUCCGCAACGACGAAGAGUUGAACAAACUUCUCUCUGGAGUGACCAUCGCUCAAGGUGGAGUCUUACCCAACAUCCAAGCUGUCUUGUUGCCCAAGAAAACCGAAAAAAGCAGCUCUUAAAUUUAACAUCAAUUUAAAUAAAAAACAAAACGGCCCUUUUCAGGGCCACCAAAUUUUUUAAAACGAAAGUUGCCUUCAAGUUUUAUUUUCUCUAUUAAAUUAGUUGUCUAUUUCUCUUAACAGCGACAUCAAUAAUAUUUUUAUCAUUUAAGUGAUCCGUCAUCUUUUUUCACUUAAAAUUAAAAAUGAUCCAUCUUAAAUACAUAAUCAGUUUACUCAAAUUUAAUUUAUUUUACAGUCUCCAAUUACUGUUACUCCUCUUUUUCCUCAAACCAUUCCUCAUUCCCCAGCUAGGAAAACACCAGCAGUCAAAAAGUAAAUAUUCAAUCCAUCGUUAUAAAUAUUUAAAAAAAAACGGUCCUUUUCAGGGCCAUACAAAUUUUUCGAAACGCAACAAUACACUUCGAGAUUAUUUGAAUAGUUUAAGAUAUCAAUUGCCGACAACGUUCCUUCGUUGGAUCCUUGUGGAAGG